AUGGCGCCAGCACUCUCUGGGCCGAGCGUCUUGUCUACAGCUCCACAGUGGGGCAAGAUUCGGAUCAAGCCUGCGUGCGGAGUGUAUUGCGUGGUGGGCACAGUGGGCACUCUGCGCUUGGCCAGCCUUGCUUGCCAGAGGGCUACAAGAGACAGACCUGGGAGAAAUUGGAGCAAGCGAGGCUGCAUUCAGAUCAAUGCUCGGAGCGAAGGCCACGAUGAACAGCAAAGAGCCCCCGAAGUAAUGUUGGUAACGGGCCAAGACCAUUGUCCGUGGGGAGAGGCAGGCACUGAGAUGAUGUCCCAGGGAUUGGGCUUCCAGACGCCUGCCACAUGGAGAGAGGCCGCCCAGCAUUUGUGCAAGAAGCUGCAGCAGGCCGUUCCAGGACUCGGCGUCCAUGUCGUCGAUGUUGCCGAGGCAGCGGAUCAAGCACCGCAGGCGACGCUGUGCGCCUGCGUCAACGUGCCCAGGAAGAUCUGCGAUCGCCUUGCGGAGUCUUGCCGAAAUCUUCUGAUUCUGUCACCGUCCGAUGGCGACAGCUCGGCAGCACGUCUAGUUUCGCGGCAACAGACGCGGCGCAGCGAAGCCGAAGUGCUACAGCAGUGUGAAGAACUUUGGUCAAGGCAAACAUCUGAGGACUGCCUUUAUGCUCUACUCUUUGCAGUGCAUUUCGCACUGAUGCCCGUGGAGUUUGUGGCACAGGAGCCCCAAAUCGACACGGUGGAAAAGGUCUUCACACUUUGCACAAAGUGCCUCUCCGAAGCCGUCGCGGCUGGCUUGGAUUCCGAAGCUCGGGCUUGCCUGGCUUGCCAGAUUCCAAAUCAGAACGGCUGCGACGUCCGCGACCAGACCCAGAUGUAUCGGUGCACGGUAAGCCACGAGUCUGAGUCUCUGGCCAGUCUAGUUCGUUGCUUCGAACGUCGCAGCAUCUUCGACUGCGACGCCCGAAUUCCCGACCUGCAGUUUGAUCCCUUAACUGAGUUCCGAGGGAAUCAGCUGAGUCUCGAAGCGGCAUGGAAGAUCAUGGAGGGUCACUGGUCUUUGGACCCGUCAAGUUGUUCAUGGAGGCCAGUUCUGGGUCAGAACCCAGCUUAUGACUACUUUCCCUGCCAGUUUAAUAGCUGGUACAGAGAUCCGCGUGGGAGUCGAGGCUGGUACGAUCCUGUUUUCAAAGUGGUUACACUGGAUGGGCGCGAAGUCUGGCGCAAGCGCCACUACCGUGUCCUUCCAGGAGACGUGCCGGGUAGUUUUCGUCUGAGCACCGAAGACAAUGGAAUCUCCUUGCGAGAGUAUUGGCGAAUCGUGGAUGCAGACGAUGAUCUAGCUUGGGCUGUCUUGCACUAUGCUGGUGCCGCGCCGCGUGUUGGCCAAAGCUAUACGGGCUCGUUGUUGGUUUCGAGAGACGGCUGUCUGCCAGAUGCAACUCCCUCACAGCGCAUCGCCGCUGCCUUCCAAAAAGCUGGUGUUGCAAAAUUCGAGCUUUAUGCGAUACACCAGGGAGAGGCGUGCCUCGCAGGCGGAGACUGCGGGAAGCCACCACUGACCGAGUUCCGUGGUCUGCGCAGGUACACGUAG